AUGUCCCUCUCCUCGGCAUCCGCCUCUGCGUCCUUCGCCACCGCCCCCGCCAGCAAGCCUUCAAUAUCCGGUUUGAACCCGGCACACGACCGCGACGCAGAGAAGGGCGAGGACGGCGAGCGGGAGGUCGACGUCAUCCGCGUCGUGUCGUCGCACGGCGCGAGGGACGACCGGCGUGAGGAGGCAGAGGGCAAGCAAGACGACGGCGCGGGUGGCCCGCCACCGCCCCCAGAUGGAGGCACGAGAGCGUGGAUGACUGUCGCUGGCGCCUGGCUGGUCCAGUUCUCCACGUUUGGGUACAUCAGCUCGUUUGGGGUCUACCAAGACUACUACGCCACGUAUUAUCUCCCCGCGGAAACAAGUUCAAAUAUUAGCUGGAUCGGGAGUCUCCAGUUGUGCCUGAUGUACGCGCCCGGCGUGUUCGUGGGCCGCGCGUUCGACGCGGGAUACUUCCACCAUCUGGAGGUGCUCGGCGCGCUGCUGUACGUGUUCAGCAUCUUCAUGCUCAGCCUCGCGCGCCCGGGGGAUUACUAUCAGGUCUUCCUCGCGCAGGCGGUCGGGAUGGGCCUCGGGCUCGGGCUCACGUUCCUCCCGUCGCUCUCCGUCGUGGGCCACCACUUCCGCACGCGCCGUGCGCUCGCCGUCGGCGUCGCGAUCAGCGGGUCGAGCGCGGGCGGGAUCGUCUUUCCCAUCAUGCUCAAUCGGCUGCUGCAGGACCCCAGUGUCGGCUUCGCGAACGCGGUGCGGGCGAGCGGCGCGGUGGUCGGCGGAUGCCUUGUGGUUGCGAACUGCCUCAUGCGAACGAGACUCCCGCCGAAGCGCGGCGAUGUCCACCAGAAGGGCGGGUCGAAACGCGCGGCGAGGAUAGAGACGUGGCGAGGCAUGGUUUGGGACGGGGCGUAUCUCUGGAGUGUAUGCGGAGCAUUCCUGACGAGCUUGGGCAUUUAUGUCCCGCUAUUCUACCUCCAGCUGUUCGCCGUCGACCACGGUGUCAGCUCGCAUAUUACGACCUACUCCCUCGCGAUCCUCAACGCAGGCAGCACGCUCGGGCGGCUCCUCCCGACAUUCCUCGCGGACAAGGUCGGCGUGUACAACAUGCUCGUCCCCGCCAUGGUCGCAUGUGCGGGGCUCAUCUUCGCCAUCUUCGGCGCGACGAACGGGCCGGGCGUCGUCCUCGUCGGGUCGAUAUUCGGGUUCGUGUCGGGCGCGUAUAUCUCACUGAUCCCCACUCUGCUCGUACAGCUGUGUAGGAACAUGGGAGAGCUCGGCGUGAAGAUGGGGCUCGCAUAUUCAGUCGUGGCUGCCGCGAAUUUGAUCGGGAACCCCAUCGCAGGCGCGCUGCUCGGCACAAAUACGGGCGGGCCGCUGACGUGGUGGCGUGCUCUAGUGUUCACUGGGGUAAGCGGCGCUUUCUCCCUUCCGCUGCCGUCACGUUUUCUGAUCGCGUCCGCUCUGAUGCUUUGGAUUGCAGUGCGUUGCGGCGGCGGGGAGUGCGUGUAUGGGGGUGUCGAGGUCGCUAUUCAUCAAGGGGCGGGGGAGGCCCGGGCGGAAGGUCUGAGUUGUAGACUCCAUGGCGAUGCGAUGUCGUGGUUCGUUCCAGUUGCGAUCUUCCGUGCGGUCGGGCUCAGUUGGGAGCGGUGGAGGUGA